AUGAGUUCUCCAGCCCAAGGAACACCGGCAGUCCCGGUUAAUGAGAAAAAGAAAGGAUUAAGUCGAGUUUUGGGGAGGAUGAAGACGGUUUUAAAAAGAAGUGAUGGAUCAAAGAGAUUAUCUUUUACUUCCAAACCUUCAACUACAGCAGGGCCAAGUGCUUCCAAGACUACGGCACCAACACCAGUGCCAACACCAAAACCAACACCAACACCAACACCAACACCAGCGCCAAAAGCACAACCAUUAAAGGAUACACCCGCUCCCGCCGUCGAAACCAAACAUGUCACCCCUACUCUUCGCCCUAGUUCACCUCAACCUAUCAAAGUAUCCCGAGCCGAAAUCAAUGCCGAACGAGCGAGAAAAUUAGGUGAACGAUUUCAAUUAAAUAUUGAACCUCAUGAAUGGCAAACACUUGCUGGAGAGAAAGAUGCGUGGAGAAUCGAAAAACCCAUCCGCAUGAGAAUUCAUCGUACUUGUCAUAAAUGUAAUACGACAUAUGGUGCCAAUAAAAUUUGUGCAAAUUGUCAACAUCCAAGAUGUACAAAGUGUCCUAGGUAUCCUUUGAAGAAGAAGGAAAAGGAAAAGGAAAAGGGGAAGACGACAGUAGCGCCUAUUGGACCAAUUCCAGUUGAUAUGGAAAAAGAAUGGAUACCAACUGAUAAAUUGAUUUUGACAUUACCGAGUCAAAAAAUUGGUGGUCAACCUCUGGUUAGAAAGAAGCCUAUGCAAAGGAUUAGAAGAACAUGUCAUGAAUGUUCUUCACUUUUCAAAGCUGGAAGUAAAAUUUGCGAAUCUUGUUCUCAUAUUCGUUGUGCUGAUUGUCCUCGAAAUCCAUCCAAGAACAAUAAAUACCCAGAUGGUUAUCCAGGUGAUCAACCUUCUUCCAUGGUCAAAAAAUUCGCAUGUCAUAAAUGUGAUAAAACUUUUCCGAUUCUGGAAUCUGUAUCCUCCUCGGAUCAGGUGCUGUCUACGAAUCAGCUAUUGUCGACGAAUCAAGAGUGUCCUCGUUGUAAACAUGUUCGUUGUGAUUUGUGUAAGAUAGCUGUUCCGAGGAAAGUUAUCCCAGAACCGGAUCCGGAGGUGUUGAGGAGGGUUGAGGAGAAAUUGAGGGCGUUUUCUAUUAGGGCGCCGGUGGUUGCUGAUGUGGUUGUUUGA